UAUUACUUUUUAUUUUUCCUCAAGGAGGGAGUGAGUGUGAGAAGCCAUUGGGUUUGGAGUCCCACCUUGCAUUUUGGGCAGAACUGGGGCUCCCAGGAAGAGGAUGCUGCCUAGUACUGGGGUUCAUGUACAAGGAGAAGUACCGCAGGAUGACUGAAGGUCAAGCAUCCUCCUUCACGCAGCAGCCCCAGGACCAGGUGGUGAUCGCUGGGCAGCCCGUGACGCUGCUGUGCGCCAUCCCCGAGUAUAAUGGCAUCGUGCUGUGGAUUAAAGACGGGCUCGCCCUCGGCGUCGGACGGGAUCUCUCAAGUUAUCCACGUUAUCUGGUCGUAGGAGACCAUCUGUCUGGAGAGCAUCACUUGAAAAUCCUGAGAGCUGAUCUCCAAGAUGACGCCGUCUAUGAAUGUCAGGCCAUUCAAGCAGCCAUCCGAUCCAGACCUGCCCGGCUGACUGUUCUCGUUCCUCCAGAUGAUCCUGUCAUUAUGGGGGGGCCCAUCAUCAGCCUGAGAGCAGGAGACCCUCUCAACUUGACCUGCCACGCGGACAAUGCUAAGCCAGCAGCCUCCAUCAUCUGGAUGAGGAGAGGAGAGGUCAUCAAUGGAGCCACCUACUCCAAGACACUUCUCCGUGAUGGCAAGAGGGAGAGUAUCAUGAGCACCCUUUUCAUCGCCCCCUCUGACAUUGAGAACGGGGAGAGCAUCAUCUGCCGCGCCACCAACAAAGCCAUUCCCAGCGGGAAGGAGACCUCCGUCACCAUUGAUAUCCAGCACCCACCCCUGGUGAACUUGUCCGUGGAGCCGCAGCCAGUCCUAGAGGAUAACACUGUGAAGUUCCACUGCUCUGCCAAGGCCAACCCUGCCGUCACCCAGUACAGGUGGGCAAAAAAAGGCCAGGUUAUAAAGGAAGCAUCUGGUGACUUCUACGAAACCAUCGUGGACCACACCUUCUUCUUUGAGCCCGUCUCCUGCGAGGUCACCAACGCCCUGGGCAGCACAAACAUCAGCAGGACCGUGGACGUCUACUUUGGGCCCAGGAUGGCGACAGAACCACAGUCCCUCCUCGUUGACCUGGGCUCAGACGCGGUCUUCAACUGUGCCUGGACUGGGAACCCAUCUCUCACCAUCGUCUGGAUGAAGAGAGGCUCAGGCGUGGUCUUGAGCAACGAGAACAAGCUGACCCUGAAGUCCGUCCGCCAAGAAGAUGCUGGGAAAUACGUGUGCCGAGCUGUGGUCCCGCGGGUCGGCGCAGGGGAGCGGGAGGUGACGCUCACUGUCAAUGGGCCACCCAUCAUCUCCAGCACCCAGACGCAGCACGCCCUGCACGGCCAGAAAGGGCAGAUCAAAUGCUUCAUCCGCAGCACCCCACCACCAGACCGAAUUGCUUGGUCCUGGAAGGAGAAUGUCCUGGAGUCUGGGACCUCUGGGCGCUACACGGUGGAGACAGUCAGCACGGAUGAAGGCGUCAUCUCCACAUUGACCAUCAGCAACAUUGUCCGGGCCGAUUUCCAAACCAUUUACAACUGCACUGCCUGGAACAGCUUUGGCUCCGACACGGAGAUCAUCCGGCUCAAAGAGCAAGGUACGGAAAUGAAAUCAGGAGCUGGUAUUCAAGCAGAGUCGGUGCCAAUGGCGGUGAUCAUCGGAGUGGCCGUGGGGGCCGGCGUGGCGUUCCUGGUGUUGAUGGCCACCAUCGUCGCCUUCUGCUGCGCCCGCUCCCAGAGGAGAUUGCUGAUGGACAGGACCCAAAACCAGGCCAAUUGGAUGUUGUGGAGAUCAUUCAGCAGUGAUGGACGACUCAAGCACCUGAAGAAAGCAGGGGCCGAGCCAUGUUAACGUGUCAAUGGUUGGACGUAAUCAGCCAUGCUUUCCCCACGCCACAUCCUUCAGAGCAGGGAAGAGCAUGUGGUUCAUUAUCCUCCUCUUAUUUGAUGUAAACAGAUGGUGCAGGGUGCUUUACAAGGACAUACGAUUGAACACUAACGCCAUGACAACAGAUCAAAGCCUUGGUGCAAGUGCCAGGUUUUAGAGUCCCGCACAAGCUGGAAGCGUGCAGAGGGUGGGCAGGUCUUUGAGGGGAAAAAGCAGGGCUUUUGGGGGGGGGAAAAGCAGGAUGCUGUGGUGUUAAUGAAGCGAAUCCUGGGUGCAGGCAGGGUUCCCCAGCCUGAGAUUCGAGCAGGGGGUGCUGGUGGCAGUGGGGCUGCUUGGUUCCCCCAUCACAUGGCUCCAAGAGCCACUUGGAGCUGCCAAAACAGGGUCCCUCCUUGUUUUGGGGGGGAGUUGGGGCUAUCAGCAGCUAAACCAGUCCCUGAGUGACACUCAUGGUGCAAAACCCUGCGGGGGACGACGUGACUGUCCUAGUGCAAAGGGCUUUUAUACCAACUUCGCAGGUGCUGAUGCAAACUGGGUGCUGUGGCUGCUAUCUAUCUCCAGUGGCAGGUGAGUGUUAGGAAGGCAGAAACACCAGGCUGAGAAGGUGAGGAAAGGACUCUGAUCAUGGUUAGCAGUGUGAAAUCAGCAGAGGUAUUACAGAGAUCAGCUCAGAAGUGAUGGGACCAGCAGAGCACUUUGAUAUCAGGAGAGGGACUCAUUUCCUACCACGAUGACUGCAGAUUCCUCUCCCAGGACAAAUACCAGAGCUUUGUUGCAUCAUUUAAAACAACAGCCUGCAAACAAAACCCAUCGGCAGGCUGUUGGGAUGGCUCCACAUGGCUCCCAGCGGAGGGGACAAGGUGACCCAGCAGCAAUUCUGGAGAAGGCAUCUCCUAAUGGCUGCAACUGGCCGCAGCUAAUGGCACUGCAGGAGGCAAUUCCUGGGCUUGCUUUGGGGAGAUGCUGCAAAAAAAUGCACCAGGUACAGACACACCAAGCCUGGAGGCUCUGGAAAAAU